GAGGAAUUUCCAUUCCGUUUUCCCCAAUCUGUGCCAUAUUUGCAGGAUACCUUCUGCUGAGGCCAUUCCUUGCGUGAGAAGAAGCAUCCCUUUCCAAAGAGGAAGGAAACAUGGCCACCGAGUUGGCCCCUCGUCUUCUCCAAGAGAGACAUAUUCGAGAAUUUCUUCAGAGGAAGCCCGGGGAGGAGAUGAAACAGGAACCCAGUGAGCACCUCCAUCAGCAAUGGGAGGCCCAGUGGCAGGAGUUCCUGAGGACCGUAGAGUCCCCGAUGGACGUCCCAUCGAUACCCGCUGAGCCUUCUCCAUGGGACGACGCCAAGGCUUUCCUGUCUGCCUUUGAGCAGGUGGCUGAAGCCUGCCGGUGGCCCAAGGAGGAGUGGGUGACCCGACUCCUGCCGGCGCUCAAUGGGGAAGCCAAGCAGGCCUUCAGCAGCCUCGAAAGUCAAGAACGGAAGGAUUAUGAGAAGGUGAGGGCCUCCAUCUUGCGAGGAGAUGCCACCAGGAGAGAGAAGCAGCGCCAGCACUUCCGCCACUUCCGCUACCAGGAAGCCGAGGGGCCGAGGGGGGUUUACGGGCGGCUCCAGGAGCUGUGCCGGCGUUGGCUCAAGGUGGAGAGGCACUCCAAGGAGCAGAUCCUGGAGCUGCUGGUCCUGGAGCAGUUCUUGAUGGUCCUUCCUCCAGAGAUCCAGAACUGGGUCCGGGAACGAGGCCCUGAGACCUGCGCCCAGGCGGUGGCCCUGGCUGAGGACUUUCUUUGGAUGCAGAGAGAGUCUUUGCGAUGGGAACAGCAGGUGAUGACAGCAGUGCCGCCCUUGGGACCCACGGGUGUCCCUCUGGUUGAAGCAGAGCCUGCAACACCCGAAGGGGAAAAGAGACCCCUGAGUGUCGUGGUCAAGCAGGAGGCCGACUCUGGAAACUUCACCUUGUGUGGUGAUGUUCAGCAAAACGAGAACAGCAGAGAGCUUUCUCCAGAAGUCUCAUUAGAACGGAUAGCGCAAAAUCUGGAAGAAAACCUUGGAAGUCAAGCUACUUCUCCGAAGAAGAUGAAAACCCACCCAACAGACAAAUGGAGGAGAAGCCCUGUUGCUUGUCCAGGCGUCUCGUUCCACAUCGCACCCGUCCCAGAAGGCAAACCAAACGAAACGAGGCGAUACAAGUGCAGCGUCUGCGGGAAAGGCUUCAGCUACAAGUCAAGCCUUAAGAUCCACUUCAGGGUCCACACCGGGGAAAAGCCGUACAAGUGCCCCGAGUGCGGGAAGGGCUUCAGCCGGAGUGACCUCCUGGCCGCUCACCAAAGGAUCCACACCGGGGAGAAGCCUUACAGCUGCUCCUAUUGCGGGAAGAGCUUCUGCGACCUCUCCACGCUGGUGAAGCACCGGAGGAUCCACACCGGGGAGAAGCCCUACGUCUGCAAGGAGUGCGGCAAAGGCUUCAGCCAGAAGGCCGUCCUGAACACGCACCAGCGGAUCCACACGGGGGAGAAACCCCACAAGUGCAUGCAGUGCGGGAACAGCUUCAGCCGGAGCACCUACCUGGCCUCCCACCAACGGGUCCAUGUCGGGGAAAGGAUACACAGGAUCUCUGAGUGCGGGAGGAGCUUUUCCGAACCCGCUGGCCUUUUCCGCCAGAGGAUGCGCGUCGAGGGAAAGCAGUAUCCGUGCCCCGAAUUCGAUCAAAACCAACGUGUAUCGUACCUGGGACAUCAAAAAAUGUACGCCGUGAAUGACGCUAUACAUAUUAUUGAACACGGAGUAGGAAGACCUAAUGAAACUUCGGCACAUCCUAUUUGCGUGAAACAGAACAUGGCAGGAGAGGAACAUCUUUCUUUGGCCAUGUUGGGAACCGCUUGGGAGAAAAGAAUCAAAAUGGAGAAGCCAGAUACAGCUUGUUACGAGUUAGGAGAAGGCCUUGAUCCUAUUCGGGCUGAGCACAAAGGGGAAUCCUCUGGAAAAACCAUGGAGAAGAACCUGGGGGAGAAUGCGCUUAGUCCGGAUGCCCUACACCAGCGCUUUGUGCAGCUUGAGUACCGGGAGGCAUUGGGACCCCGAGAGGUUUGCAGCCGACUACAUGCUCUCUGCCGCCAGUGGCUGAAGCAAGAGGAACAUGCCACGGCUCAUUUUGUGGACCUGGUGGUCCUGGAGCAGUUCCUGGCCAUCCUUCCCCCAGAGAUGGAGGAGUGGGUGAGGGACUGUAGGCCAGAGACCCCUUGCCAAGCAGUGGCCUUGGCAGAAGGCUUCCUUAUGAGUCAGGCAGAAAAGAAGACACAGCAGCGCUCAACUGAUCAAGAGAUGGGUGAGAUGGGAAAGAUUCCUUUGGAGCCCGGUCAGACCCUACAUCCCGCUUGGAUGGUGCAAGAUGUCAAUGGAGAGCCCAGCCCAAUAAGAGUUGGAAUAUCAGCGGGGCCUGCCUGUCCAAGCACAUCUCUGAAUGGUGAUGAAUCCAAGGCAGCUCCGGCAAGACUGAAUCAGGUGACUUUUGAAGAGGUGGCUGUAUAUUUCACGGACGAGGAGUGGGCCAUGCUGGACCUUGGCCAAAGGGCUCUUCAUUGCGAAGUGACAGAGGAGAUUCUGGGGAUGAUGAUGAUGUCUCCGGCUGGUGAUGGACGAUUGAGUGAAAAUGAAGUGGAGACAUGCAGACUGCUCUCUGAAAGAGCCACAUACAAACAGACAGAGGAGAAUGGAAGAAACGAGAAGAGUGGGGAGAAAGCCUUGGCACAGGGUGCGGAGAGCAGUGGGAUUUCAACGGGCGAUGAAAAGGAAUGUAUUUAUCUUCCGUCUGGGAGAAGCAUCAGCUGUAAAACAAGCCUGAAUUGUCGCACAGAAAGCAGUGAAGGAGAGAUGUUGUUCAAAGGCGGCGAUUACGGAGAGAUUGCCAGUGUUUGGAAGGGCUUGAUUUCCCAUCAGACGAUGCCGAUGAACCCCGAGCUGUUCAAGUGCCUGGAGUGUGGGAAGAGCUUCAGCGAGAAGGCCCACCUCACUUCUCACCAAGCGGUCCACACAGGGGAGAAACCCUUCCCGUGCUUGGAGUGUGGAAAGAGCUUCACUCAGAGGUCGAUCCUCACUCGCCACCAAACGAUUCACACGGGGGAGAAACCGUUUGGUUGCUUGGAGUGCGGGAAGAGCUUUGGCCAGAAGGCAGACCUUACUCGCCAUCAAGCCGUUCACACCGGGGUGAGGCCCUAUAAGUGUUUGGAGUGCGGGAAAAGCUUCAGCCAGAAGGCGGACCUCACUUGUCACCAGAGAAUUCACACUGGGGAGAAGCCGUUCAAAUGCUUGGAGUGCGGGAAGAGCUUCAGCCAGAAGGCAAACCUCAUUGGGCAUAAAACAACUCACACAGGGGAGAAGCUGUUCAAGUGCUUGGAGUGCGGGAAGAGCUUCAGCCGGAAGACCAACCUCACUUGCCACCAAGCCAUUCAUACCGGGGAGAAGCCGUUCCAGUGCCUGGAGUGUGGGAAGAGCUUCAGCCAGAAGACAAACCUCCUUGGCCAUCAAGCAACCCACACCGGGGAAAAGCUGUUCAAGUGCAUGGAGUGCGGGAAGAGCUUCAGCCGGAAGACGCACCUCACUUGCCACCAGAGAACACAUACGGGAGAGAAGCCGUUCGAGUGCUUGGAGUGCGGGCGCUGCUUCAGCCAGAAGUCUCUCCUCGUCCACCACGAGGCGACUCACACUGGGGAGAAGCCCUUCCAUUGCUUGGAGUGUGGCAAACGCUUCAGCCAGAAGACCAAGCUCACGUACCAUUUGAAAAUGCACAGGGGGGAGAAACCGUUCAAAUGCUCCCAAUGCGAAAAGAGCUUUGGUCAGAAGUCGCUUCUUGUCCGCCACCAGGCCGUUCACACGGGGGAGAAGCCGUUUAAGUGCUCGGAGUGCGGGAAGAGCUUCAGCCAGAAGAUCGAUCUCACCCGCCAUCAGAUCAUCCACACCGGGGAGAAGCCCUUCCAGUGCUCCGAAUGCGGGAAGAGCUUCAGCUGGAGGAAAAGCCUCACUGCUCAUCAGGCCGCCACAAACCACUGGAACGUCUCCGAGGUGGAAAUCGUGACAGUCGGGGACGACGCCAUAUUUGACUCGAAAGAGUUUGUUCACAUGAAUGUGGAAAGUCCUCCCAUCAUUGCACACAUCUUAUGACAUUCGCAGAAAUUCACUCAUAAGUAAAGGUAAAGGUUUUCCUCUGACAGUAAGUCCAGUCGUGUCCGACUCUGGGGGUUGGUGCUCAUCUCCAUUUCUAAGCUGAAGAGCUGGUGUUGUCCUUAGACACCUCCAAGGUCAUGUAGCCGGCAUGACUGCAUGGAGUGCCGUUACCUUCCCACCGAAGCGGUAUCUAUUGCUUUUUGUUUUUUCAUGUCAGGAGCGACUUGAGAAACUGCAAGUUGAUUCUGGUGUGAGAGAAUUGGUUUUCUGCAAGGACGUUGCCCAGGGAACACCCAGAUGUUUUGAUGUUUUACCAUCCUUAGAAUCAUAGAGUUGGAAGAGACCUCAUGGGCCAUCCAGUCCAACCCCCUGCCAAGAAGCAGGAGCCUUGUGAGAGGCUUCUCUCAUGUCCCUGCAUGGGGAGCUGGAGCUGACAAAGGGAGCUCAUCUGCGAUCUCCCCGAAUUCGAACUUGUGGUCUUCAGUCCUGCUGGCACAAGGGUUUAACCCAUUGUGCCAUCAAGGGCUCCUGUUAUCAAAUAUGCUGUUAUCAGUGAGAGAAGGAAUAAUGUAAAUGUAUUAAAUCCUUUUUUUUCUGACAUCAAAGAACCCAGGCAGAAAGAAGAGUGGAUAAGUACAUGAACUGGAAAAUAAGCUUCAGUGAAAGAUGGAUUUUCAUUUGAGGAAUAUUGACAUGGGGUGACCUGACAAAUGCUUGGCAUGCGGAAAUUCUGUUGUUGGAUUUUAUUGCUAUUGCUGCACCAAAGGAACCACACAUUUGAAUUCAUUGAGUGUGAAAAAAGCUCUUUUUAAGAGAGAAUAUCAUACAAGGGAGAUCCAGAAAGUAAGGUUACAAGAUAUUUUUAAAAAUACAAAGAAUAAAUAUAUUUUAAUCAAACUUACAUGGAUUGUAGCAUAGGUAUUACAUUAUUUUUCCACAUAAUCGCCAUUCAGGUCAAUACAUUUUGUCAUCUGUGGGAUGAGUUUUGGAUGCCUGUGUCAUAGAAAUUUCCCUCCACCUUUUUCAGCCAGUCCGUCACUUCGAUUUUCACCUUGUUGUUGGAAAAGUGUUUUCCACCCAAGCGUUCCUUCAAUUUAGUGAACAGAUGAUAGUCACUGAGUGUGAAGUCGGGGCUGUGAGAGGGGUGGCUUCAAACACCCCAACCAAAUGAAGUCAACAGCUCUUGUGUUGCAUGAGCGGUGUGCGGACAUGCAUUGUCAUGAAGGAGACGGGCUCCUGCCGUCAACAUCCCACGACGUUCGUUUUGGAUGGCUCUGCGAAGUUUCUUCAUGGUCUCACAAUAUAUUCUGUACCCAUUUUGUCACAUGCUGUCUUAACAUUAUGUCCUCUCCAUCAACUAAAACGAUUUUGCGAUGAAUCACAGUGGUGUUCAUGCCCUUAGGAGUUAGUUGGCGUAUUACAGUGCAAACUUUGCACUUGGAGGGAAACUGAAUGAGGAUGCUCAUCUCUAAACUUCACAAUGCUAGUGGAUGAGUUGCUGAUGACUGGCACUGCUCGUUCGCUUCCACUGGCUUCCCACUACAUGGCAGUGAUACCAACUUCCCCCGAGAAAAUUCCCCGUGAGUGCUAUGUGCCUUGUAACCUUACUUUCUGGAUAAACCAUGUAUUUUACAUUCAAAAAACAUAGUAGUAGAUAACAAAAAGAGGGGACCUUUGUAGAGGAUACCCCACAUGAUUAGAUGUCAAACUGAGUUUUAACCAGAAACAAGCUUAACAUGAUUUUAGCCAGAGUCGGGAUUUUACCGUUUCCUCAAGACCAGGAUUAAAUCUGCUCAACCAUGGGUGCUUUUGAGCAAGCCACAUUCUCUCAGCUUCAAAGGAAGGCAAUGGCAAACUCGCUCUGAAGAAAUCUUGCCAGGAAAUCCCCACAAUAGGGUCACCCUAAGUCAGAAAUUACUUAAUGGCAUACAGUAAGUAAUAUGAAUUUUAAAGAUAAAGGUUUUCCCCUGGACAUUAAGUCUAGUCAUGUCCGACUCUGGAGGUUGGUGCUCAUCUCCAUUUCUAAGCCAAAGAACCGGCGUCAUCCGUAGACACCUCCAAGAUCAUGUGGCCGGCAUGACUGCAUGGAGUGCCAUUACCUUCCGGCUGAAGCGAUACCUAUUGAUCUACUCCCACUUGCAUGUUUUCAAACUGCUAGGUUGGCAGAAGCUGGGGCUGACAGUGGAAGCUCACCCCACUCACUGUAUUCAAACCGCCAACCUUUUCAGUCAGCAAGUUCAGCAGCUCAGCUGCGCCACUGGGGGCUCCAUGAUUUUGAAACUCAUAAUUAAUGUUGAGUCUAUUGGAUUACUAAUCAACUUCUCUCCUGACAAUAUAAAGUUUUGUGGAAAUUUCAAGUAGAGUAACUGAAUUUGCUGGACACAAAAUCAUGAAUUUGGAGAUGUAAAUAAGUAAUUUGAACGGUAAGACAUAGAAAUAUAAAUGUGAGUACCAAUGAUUCCUAGGUGACAGCUACAUAAAGGACAGUUUGGCGAUGUGGGCUGGAACAGGGAAUUCUGAAUUUGAAUCCACUCCUCAAGAUCAAAUGUUCGUUUUUGUGAUGAAGUCUUGUAAAACGAAAUGUUUUGUAUACAAUUGUAAUUUAGAGAUACUUUUGUCUUUGAGCAAGUAAAAAUCUUAUACUUCA